AUGUGGAUGGUCUGGGGUCGGACUCCGCCGUCGAUGACUGGAAAUUGGAGAUUCAUUGAAUGCACGCUCGGGAUAUCAGCCGGUGAAAUGCCACAUGCGGCAAUCACCGACCUCCUUGGACUGCUCCCGAGCUGCAGCAAGCCACAUGAAGUAACGCGUGACCCCUCAGGCUAUUCUUGGGAAUGCAGUCGGCGAUCAGAAGAAAGACCUUACCAGAGUCCUGAAAUUAUCACGCAACAGGAUAUACAGAUGACUAUGGAAGGACGGUACCGGUACAUUACCGUCGAACGACAAGGAAGUGAUGGGAUAUAUGUUAUCACACUUCGCAAGCCUCCAGAAAAUCGACUGGAUGUCGCGUGCUGCCAGGAGUUGAUACGAGCAUAUCACAGCAUCCAACAACUUCUCGGCUUAGACUCUGAAGGGGCUGUGAUCCUACGGGGUCAAGACGCAAAAUUCUUCUGCACUGGUCUUGAUCUUGACGAACGCGAGCGAAACAUCUUUUCAUCCAGCGACGGGUUUUAUCCGUUGCUGGCCACUGUGCUGGACUUCCCGUUUCCCACGAUCGCCCUGAUCACUGGCCAUGUGUUCGGCGGCGCAUGUCUUCUAACAUUGGCCCACGACUACAGAGUCAUGAAUGCUAACAGAGGCUUUUGGCAAAUGCCUCCGGUCAAUGCAGGCCUUCAUCAUGACGGGAUGGGGUCAUUAGUCCGGUCAAAAUUGGCUCCCAAGGUGGCGAGGAAGGUACUCCUCGAGGCACAUAAGUACACCGGCAAAACCGCCCUCGAAGAUGGGAUUGUGGACUCUGUCGCAGACCCAGACAAGAUGUUCGGCGUGGCUCUUGAACUUGCCGAAAAAUGGAAAGGCAAAGCAAAAAUGGGCGUCUACGGUCUCCUUCGUAAUGAGCUAUGGGGUCAGGCGCUCACGGCAUACCGCCAGAACAGUUAUGUGCACCAUAAAGAAACAGCAAGAGAGCCGAAGGUCAAGCUGUGA